UCUCCCUAUAAUUUCAUCGCAAAAAUCUCGAAAGAGAGGAUUUGAUUCGAGAGAGAGAGCCGCCUCCGUUCCCAAGGAAACCCUAACCCUAAAUUCCCAAUUUUCUUCCCUUUCGAUCGGAUUUCCUGUUUCCGUUCCGAUUGAUCCUCUCCAGAAACUCACGGUAUUCCUCCCUUUCACAAAAUUUCAUCACGAUUCGAAGCAAGCAAGUUGUUGAUGGUGGAAAUCUUAAGCGGCAGUAAUUUCAUGCGCUCCCUGAAACAAUCAAGGGCGAGCGCUAUCCUCCCGAUCUCCGCCGCGUCCGCAUUCGCUUUCGGCUCCUGCAAGGAAGGCUGGUACUACCGCUGCCUCGGCGUCGACCCGUAAAUCUACGUCAGAGCUCUCUCUCCCUCUAUCUUCCUCUUUCUCAUGGUCCGUUUUUUAUCAUCGCACCCGGAUUUUCACUAAUCGUCGCCGCCGUCCGUCGAUUUUUUGAUUAUUUUGUUGAAUUGAAUCAGUAACUGGUUGGGAAAGAGGGAACUCUGAAAAGAAAAAAAAACAAAUUUAGAUUUUCUGUUGGCUGGCUUUUUGCUGUUCGAUUGAUUGAUUUGAUUUUGAUUACGAAACAACGAAGAUGUUGCUGUACAAGCAGAAGAAGAACCAGAGCACCGCCAAGGGCAACAGGCUCUUGAUCAGCAUCACUGUGCUCGGCAGUGCCGGCCCGAUCCGCUUUGUUGUCAACGAGCAGGAGCUCAUCGCCGCCGUCAUGGACACCGCAUUAAAAUCCUAUGCGCGUGAGGGCCGCUUCCCGGUUCUCGGCUCCGAUCUCAAUGACUUCCUGCUCUAUUGCCCCGCCGUAGGACCUGAAGCUCUGAGCCUGUGGGACACAAUCGGAGCGCAAGGAGCUCGUAACUUUAUGCUGUGCAAGAAGCCUCAGCCAGUGAAGAUGGAGAAGGAUGAGAUACCAGCAGCUGCAAUUACUCGCAAGGGUAGUGGGAGCUGGAAGGCAUGGAUCAAUAAGUCCCUCAAUCUCAAGGUCUCUUCCCAUUAAAUUAAUUUCUCAGUUAACGGGGAAAAAAGGAGAGCAAUUUGUGGUUUGUCUAGCUUUUGUUUGAGUUAUUUGGUGUCUUUGUUCAUUAGUUGCAGAGUCAUCGUUUCGGGCUGAACCCUGUUUUUUUCCCAUCAAGUUUUUGUUUUUGGAAUAAAUUACAGAUUGGUUGUAAUGCUUUGUUUCUUUCAAUUCCUUCAGUGUGCAUUAGAGGAACUUGCACUGUAACUUUGACUCGGUUCGGUUGCAUUAAUCAAUGGUAGUUCUUUUUUUCGUGA